GAGGGGUAGGACGGAGGUAGCCAGUGCUACAGUGACCACGAUGGCGUGUGGGUGUCCCUCUGCUUCUCUCAGAGUCCUGCUGGGUGCAACUAUAUGGGCGAUGGGCGUGGGAGGUGCGAGCGUGGAAAGCCAGAUGGGCGUGGGAGGUGCGAGCGUGGAAAGCCAGAUGGGCGUGGGAGGUGCGAGCGUGGAAAGCCAGAUGGGCGUGGCAGGUGCACUCGUCAAGGAACACCGCACGACAUCGAAGGAACAAGAGUAUUUGGAAGAGGAAUAUCACGUAGACGAAUCAAGAACUGCAGCCGGAGUAGACCUUGAGAAUAAUGACCUCCUGGCCUCCCUGUUGAGGAUGCAGAAGGUGCUGAGUGGCAUCGAGGGCUGCGACACCAGGCUUCAGCACCUCUGGAGGGACGUCACAGCCCAGAGGCUGACGCUGGAGAGGUUGCAGGAGGAGGUGUUUCUGCAAAUGGACAGGCACGCCAAGAUACAAUUUGAGCACCCUACUAGACAGAAGUGUCCGGAACCCUUCCAAGUGGGCGGCGGAGGGUGCUUCUACCACCCACAGAGGGUGAAGAAGACGUGGGCAGCAGCUAGGUACUCCUGUGGCAAGCUGGGGGCUGAUCUGGCUCACCCUGCCAACAUUACCAGCUUCAGGGACUACAUCACGACGGUGGUGUCCGGAGACUGGGGUUUCUUCUUCCUGGGAGCUAGAGCUGACCCCAAACAGGAGUUCCCCGUGUAUCGGUGGCUGGAUGGCCGGAUAUUCGGUGGGGAAGGUAGAAAGUCGUCAGAGUCCCUCACAGUGGACGGCGACUUCUGCGUGGUGAUGCUGCCUCACAGUUGGCAGGAGUUCGAACACAAACACUGUGAAACUUCCAAGGGAUGGUACGUCUGUGAGGUUAAAGUGAAGAACCUGCCCCAGUAACUAGAUGGCCGAAGACAAUCAACUUAUUUGUAAUUAGUUGUUUGUAAUCACCUGCGUGUAGUUACAUGUUAGGAAUAAUGACAUGUUUGCUAUUACCUGUUUAUAGUUACAAUAGUUACUGGAACAGAGGUAUGCUCGUUCUGUUCCGUUUUUAGUAUUUUAAUCUAUGGCAGAGUUUUCUAAAAUGUGUGAACAACAAAUGUGAAGGGCUGUUAUGAUGUUGUAUGUGUUGUUACUGUGAUGUUGUAUGUGUUGUUACUAUGAUGUUGUAUGUGUUGUUACUAUGAUGUUGUAUGUGUGUUGUUACUAUGAUGUUGUAUGUGUUGUUACUAUGAUGUUGUAUGUGUUGUUACUGUGAUGUUGUAUGUGUUGUUACUAUGAUGUUGUAUGUGUUGUUACUAUGAUGUUGUAUGUGUUGUUACUAUGAUGUUGUAUGUGUUGUUACUAUGAUGUUGUAUGUGUUGUUACUAUGAUGUUGUAUGUGUUGUUACUAUGAUGUUGUAUGUGUUGUUACUAUGAUGUUGUAUGUGUUGUUACUAUGAUGUUGUAUGUGUUGUUACUAUGAUGUUGUAUGUGUUGUUACUAUGAUGUUGUAUGUGUUGUUACUAUGAUGUUGUAUGUGUUGUUACUGUGAUGUUGUAUGUGUUGUUACUAUGAUGUUGUAUGUGUUGUUACUGUGAUGUUGUAUGUGUUGUUACUGUGAUGUUGUAUGUGUUGUUACUGUGAUGUUGUAUGUGUUGUUACUGUGAUGUUGUAUGUGUUGUUACUAUGAUGUUGUAUGUGUUGUUACUAUGAUGUUGUAUGUGUUGUUACUGUGAUGUUGUAUGUGUUGUUACUGUGAUGUUGUAUGUGUUGUUACUGUGAUGUUGUAUGUGUUGUUACUAUGAUGUUGUAUGUGUUGUUACUAUGAUGUUGUAUGUGUUACUACCAUGAUAUUAUAUAAAAUGCUACCAUGAUGUAAGAUAUUCAAAUAAAGUACUAAGCAGGCACUGAAAUACAUUAGUCCAA